GGUUGGGCCGAGAGUCCAGCAGCCGCAGGCUGGGGAUUCAGUGACUUCCUUGUUGUGAGCCCCGGCCCGGCAGUGUCCGGCAUCGUGGCCCCGCAGUGCUUACCGGGACCGCUAGCCAGAGUCUAGGUCGCAGCCGCAACCCCAGCCCGUCGGUUACCCUUUCAGCACAGGUCCUUUCCCCGCACGCCCCGCGCUCCCUAAUAUGCCCAACCCCAGCAGUACCUCCUCUCCCUAUACCCUCCCUGAGGAAAUUAGGAACCUGUUGGCAGAUGUUGAAACAUUUGUAGCAGACAUACUGAGAGGGGAAAAUUUAUCCAAGAAAGCAAAGGAGAAGAGAGAAUCUCUUAUUAAGAAGAUAAAAGAUGUGAAGUCUAUCUAUCUUCAGGAAUUUCAAGACAAAGGCGAUGCAGAAGAUGGAGACGAUGAUGACCCUUUUGCUGGACCUCCAGAUACUAUUUCAUUAGCCUCAGAAAGAUACGAUAAAGAUGAUGAAGCCCCCUCUGAUGGAAACCAGUUUCCUCCAAUUGCAGCACAAGACCUCCCUUCCGUUUUAAAGGCUGGCUAUCUUGAGAAACGCAGAAAAGAUCACAGCUUUCUGGGAUUUGAGUGGCAAAAACGGUGGUGUGCUCUCAGUAAAACAGUAUUCUACUACUAUGGAAGUGAUAAAGACAAACAACAGAAAGGUGAAUUUGCAAUAGAUGGCUACAAUGUCAGAAUGAAUAACACUCUUAGGAAGGAUGCAAAGAAAGAUUGCUGUUUUGAAGUCUCCGCUCCUGAUAAACGUGUCUAUCAGUUCACAGCAGCUUCUCCCAAAGAUGCUGAAGAAUGGGUACAGCAGCUGAAAUUUGUAUUGCAAGAUAUGGGAUCUGACAUUAUUCCCGAGGAUGAUGAUGAAAGAGGAGAUUUAUACGACGAUGUUGAUCAUCCGCUACCAAUCAGCAGUUCACCAGCCUUCAGCCAACCAAUCGAUGAUGAAAUUUAUGAAGAACUUCCAGAAGAGGAAGAGGACAGUGCCCCCGCCAAAGUGGAGGAACACAGGAAGAUGAGUCAGGACAGUGCUUAUCACACCACAGGUGAUAAAAGCACUGAUUAUGCUAAUUUUUACCAGGGUUUGUGGGACUGCACAGGUGCUCUUUCUGAUGAGUUGUCAUUUAAACGUGGUGAUGUGAUUUAUAUUCUUAGCAAGGAAUACAAUAGAUAUGGCUGGUGGGUAGGAGAGAUGAAGGGAGCCAUUGGCUUGGUGCCGAAAGCCUACAUAAUGGAGAUGUAUGAUAUUUGAGAGUCCUGGGAUUCUCCCACUGCUCUGCAAAUGCUUUGGAUUUAGCAUCAUCGGGAAAGCAUGAGUGACAGCUCAUAACCUCUCUUUGUUGAACAUCAUUCUUCUUCGUUAUUUUAUGCAUUCAUUAUAAUAUUCCUCUGAUGUGAAAUGAAAUGAAGGCUAUUAAUGUAAAUGAGAUGCAAGCAGUAAAGUUAUACCUGUUGCUAUUUUGCAAAGACAUAAUUAUAGUUUUUAUUUACUUAUUUGAUUUGUGUGAAGAAUUCAGCACUAUGUUAUGUGUACCACAUACUCACUGCUACUUAUGAGUUGCAAUUUUUCUUAAUAUUGGACAUCAAUUAUUUUUUUUAUACUGUAAUACAUAAUUUCAUAGAAAUUUAAAUUGAAUGUAUCACGCAAGCUUUUGGUAGAUGCUAUCUAAAGAAUAAGGAUGUGUUAAAACUUUGCUGAUGAUUUAUCUUUAUUUUGCACACAAUAGUAACAUGUUUUCAUGAAAGAGAUUUUACUGAUUGGCAAAUUUACUGCAUGUUAGAUAUAGCCACAGGAAAGAAAAAAGUGAUAGAACUGCAAGAGGCAGUGUGCUGUUACCUUCUGCAGCCCAUGUGCACACCAGAACCGUGGUUUGUGCAAAGCCCUGUAUCAAUAACAAAUAUCUUGGUUAGAUGAUGGGCGUGCCAACGUUUACUAUCAUAGUUUUGUUUAAAUUUAAUACAAUUAAAAAUUCAUAAGAAACCCCAUUCUCCAUGAAUAUAAUGGCGUAAAGAAUCUCAGUGUAUUCUCAAAGUGGGAAGGCACAACCUGUCCCUCUCUUAUCCUGCCUGGUGGUGGUGAUGCUGUUAAAAUCCCACCAUAAAACAGCACAAUUCCAGAUGUGAGCCUCCUCUGCACACCUCAGGGCAAUGAAAAAAAAAAGAAAGGCUCAGCGUGGAGAGUGUAGAAAUCGCAAUGAUCACACACACCAACAGGUGAGUGGAAGGGUAGCUUUAGCCUGGAGUUCUAAGCUGUGCUGCCUGAGCAAGAUUUGCAGAAUUAUAUCAUUACUUUUCAUGUCUAUUUGAAAUCAGAAGUAUUCUAAAUGCCUAUACCAGUAUGGCCUUAAUAUAGAAUAUCAAAAUGCACUGCUGAAUGGAUAAUUAUUUAGAGUAGAUAUAAUCUCCUCAUAUUGACUCACUGAUUAGUAGUGUAGGUGCUACCUUCAUUGAACUUUUCAGAUCUUUGCUUUAUAAAGAUAAAGAUUCUAACCAUGCAAACAAGCUGAUAAUAUUUUAAAACCUUCAUUAUUUACAUAAAACUAUUGACAAGCAA